AUCGUCCGGCAUCGGCAGUAGAUCGGUAGUUCACCACGGCCCACUGCGGGGUGUCAAUCUGCCAUGCUUAACAGUUCCGGCGCGGGUAGCGCCAAGGUGUACGUUCCAGCUGUACUCGCGCUGGUUCUUCUCUCAGGACUCCAGUCGGCUCGUGCGUCCUUGUCAUCGGAUAGAGAAACGUUUCAAAGAGCGCUGCCGAAGGCAGCAGCGCCCGCCCGAAGGACGCGACUGAUACCCAGCUUCCACGAGUUCCAGCACUGCAAGGACAAGGAUCACUACCUGCGGAUCACGGACGUGAACAUUGAGCUCGCUGAGACGGGGGACGAGCUGUGGACGGUGGGCUUCAACGUGUUACAGCCCAGCAAGUCGUUCCAAAGAUUCCGAGUCAACAUCGAGAAAUGCCAUCUGGACAGAGGUGCAUGCGAGAGCUGGAACUCCUGGUCCUGGGACGUGUCUGUCUGUUCGCUCCUGUUCGUCAACGGCACGGUGUGGGCCCCGCUCGUGCAGAACAUUGUGCCGAGAUUCAGCUGCCCCGUCAAGGAGGGGCACUACGUCGCGGUCAACUCCACGCUGGACAUCGACACCUUAGUAAAGACGGUGAAACAUGUCCCCGUCUUAAAGCACAGCUGGCGCAUCGAGGUCCAGCUUUACAAUGAGCGGAAAGAACUUCACAUAUGCUUCAACGUCUUGGCCAAAUUAUCACGGGUUGUAGUUCGAAAUUGAUAACAGUAAUGGGACGGGUUUCUCGCACUCCUUGUGAGAAAUAAUAUAAAUAAAUGGUCGAUAGGUAUUGAUCGGGGGCAAAUUCGACUCGACAUUGAUUCGAUUUUGUCAAGCAAUUCGAAGAAUGUUCUACGACGUCGAAUCGACGUCGAUUCCAAAGUCCAUUUUGUCCCAUCGUGUCACAGCGGCUUACCGGAAGCGCUAGUGCUGUAGCGGGACGGUAGGAGCCGAAGUGCAGUCCUAAUAAAUA